AUGCAGGGCUUCAACAUGGGACGGUAUGUCCCGCCGGACCAAGAAGGCCUAACGACGGGAAACAAACUCGCGGGGAAGCACGCACUCGGCGCGCGCGCGCCACCUCCACACAACAGGCGCACUAAUCGUGCGCUUCGAGAUGCCCUUCGCAGCGUGCGCUUCAACGCAGAGAAGAAAAAAGUAGGCAACUACUACUCAACGCCGAUCUACAGCUUCCGCAUGAAACACACAGUCUGCGGCGGAACCAUCGAGAUCAAGACCGACCCCCAGAACACGGCGUACGUUGUCACCGAGGGUGGCCGGAAACGCGAUACCGGUGAAGACAAGGAGCUGCAGCCUGGGGAAAUUGCUAUCAAGCCGUACGCGCGAGAGAUGGAUCCUGCGGAGAAGGAUCCGUUUUCGAAGAUUGAGGGGAAGAUUGAGGAUAAGCUUCGGGCGAAGACGGAGGCCACUCGCAUUCUUGAGCUACAGGAACGGCAGAAUCGUGAUUGGGAGGAUCCGUAUGAGAAGUCUAUGCGGUUGCGGAGGACGUUUCGGCAGGAGAGGAAGGGGCUUGAGAAGGCUGCGGCCAAGAGUGAGGCCCUCAAGGAUAAAAUGAGUCUUGGGAUUGAGCUCUUGGAUGAGACUGAGGGGGAUCGGCAGAGAGCCAGCAUGGUGGAGUUUGGUGAGAACACGGCUGAUAUUGGCUCGCAUGCUGCCCGCGUGACUCGUCUUCGGCCUAUGUUUGAGCAGCGGGCGGAAAAGCCUACUGGAAAGACGGGGUCGGGAGAGAAGACAUCUCGUUCUUCGAAGCGGCCUAGAAAGGAUGAUCUGGUUGCGACGCGGAAAGCUUCUCUUCGCCGUGAGCUGGCUGGGAAUACUCGUGCUAUUAUUGAUCCGUUCUUGGUGGAUGACGCACUUAAUCAGAAUACAUGGAAACCUAGCACCAAGAAGAGGAAAACCGUCGCCUCUACGACUCCAUCCCUCCACGAAAGUCCCAGUGGCACAGAACCCGAUUCCUCUGCCAUGACACCAACACCAGCGCUGGUCAGCUACACUUCCGACUCGGAGUGA